AUUUGAAUGAGUGAAAUCAAUGAAUCCCUAAUAGAAGCACCUCUGAAAGCCUUAUUGGAAGAUGUAAACAUUUCUUUCUGAAGAUUUAGGUGUUAUUUUGUUUGGAAGGUUAUUUGGAGAAUUAGAAUGACUUAAAGUUAAUUGAAAAUCAAUUGAAAGAUUAUGAUUCUUUGGCAGGCUUAAUUAAAAUUAUUGCCAAUAUAUUCAAGACUUUAAUGAAGAAAGUAGAGAAAAAGAUGGCACUUCUGAAACUUAAUCUUAAUGAUAAUAGUUCUCAUUAAAGUUAUCAUGCAGAAGAAGAGUAUGAAAAAUUAGAAUAAAUUAUAUAAAAAUAUGAAGCAGAGAUUAGAGGACAUAUUAGUGUAAGAUAAUUUUGAUUAGUUCUUUAGAUUGAAUAAUAAUUAAAGCUAUAUAACGAUAGCUUAUUAUAAAAAAUAGAAGACCUUGAAAAGUCACAUAAAGAAACAAUAGAAUAAUUAAAUAAAAAAAUUUAUGUAUUUAUUUGAAAUAAUAACAAAUUUAGGGAUUAAAGAAAGAUCUGGGUAAAUCUACAGAGAGUUAUAGAUAGUUGAUAAAAGAGAAUGAAUAAUUAAAAGAAUCAGUAGUAGAUCAUUAACACAAUAUUCAUACAGAUAGUGAAAUAAAUGGUCGUGUAAAAGGCAGAAAGUAAUUUUAAAUAAAUUUAUUAGUUUUGUCAUUCAGAUCAUAGAUUAAAAAAAGCUGAUUAUAGUAGUGAAUAUCCAGCAUCUAUUACAAAUCUAUAUCAAUAGAAUUCUAUGAGACUCUCAACACCUCUGAAAUCAUAAUCAUAACAUAAUAAAUCUGGUAAGUUUAAUAAUUAAAUUUAACAUCGUAGCCCAUAAGAAUAAGAUUUAUUUAUUAAAUAUAAUCAAUUACUUAAAUAACAUGCUCAAUCUAUUACUUAAAGAUCUUAAAUUAUUUAAGCAAGUCAAUAUUUACUAAAAAAUGGUUUUGCUAAUAAUCCAAAAAAAACAAGAAACACAUUGAAUGUAAUUUCUGAUAUCUGUAAUGCUUAAUAAUAGAAAGCUUCAUAAAGAAAUAAAAGUUUAGGUAAUAGUUCUAAGGCAACAGGCACUAAUUCUCAAAAUCACAUAAUCUCAAAUAAUAAAUCAGGACAUCAUAAAAUGAUAUCUGAAACAUCCAGAACUAAUGAAACCAUUUAAAGAUUACUUAAACUUAAAUGA